AUGCAGCCCCAACCUACCUUAAGCGCUACAGCCAUUUCUGGCCAGACAUUUGACUACAUCGUGUGUGGCGGAGGAACUUCUGGAUGUGUCAUUGCAGCAGGAAUUGCCUCAAUUCCAGAUGUAUCUGUGCUUCUGAUAGAAGCAGGCAGGGACUCAGGCCUUGCGCCGGAUGUCCUGGUGCCAGGCAAAUAUGUCAAGCAGCUACAAGAGGACAAGGAGGGUUUAUGGGAAUUGGAGACCGUUCCGCAGCCCCAAUUGAAUGCCAGGAAGUUGACUUUCCUCAGGGGGAAGCAGAUUGGAGGUAGUUCGGCUGUCAACUAUAUGGCGCUUGCUCGCGGCCCGGCGGCUGAUUAUGAUGAAUGGGCUAAAAUUGUCGGUGAUGAUGGGUGGAAGUGGGAAAACAUAUUACCACUGAUGAAACAGCUUGAGGAUUUCGAUCCGAAAAUGCCUGCCUAUUUGGAAAAGUUCGCUGCUCCGCGCGCAGGAGACCAUGGCGCUUCUGGGCCGCUGAAGAUCGGGUUUGGCGACGAAGUGGUCCCUGGAAUCGAAACUUUCAUUCAAGCAUGCUUUGAAACCGGGAUUCCAUUGUGCCCCGAUAUCAAUUCGGGAAACCCGGUGGGUGUUGGGUUGGCCCAAUUUAACGUUCGGGACGGAGAGAGAUCUUAUGCAGCGAAUGCUUUCCUAGGAGAGUCAGCUCGGGCAUCGCAAAAUAAUUUGACCAUCGUGACAAACACAGAGUGCGAUCGACUUCACUCUAGAGACGGAGUUGUCACGGGGGUAGACUUGUAUGACAGGCUGAACGAAGCACUAGUCCAUGUCUACUGCCGUGAGCAGACUGUCCUAUGUGCUGGAACGUUUGGAUCACCUCGAAUUCUCUUGUUGUCUGGUCUUGGUCCUAGGGAUACCCUGGAGAGACUCAACAUUCCAGUGAAAGUUGACUUGCCAGGAUGUGGUCAAAACAUGCUCGACCAUUCAAUCAUCACAUGCGAGUACAAAGUGAACAACUCCAUUCCCACCCACAACCAGCUGUUUCUCGACCCUGCUAUGCUGGCAAAAGCCGAAGCACAAUACGAAAAAGACCACACUGGACCACUCGCCAAGUUCGGAUCUAGUGGUACCUUGACAUUCCCCAGAAUCCAACGCCUAUUUGAGUCGGAAGAGUUCUCUGACCUGAGCACCAAGGAGAAAGACUUCUUGAUGGAGCCCACCAGGCCUUCUGCUGAGAUUUGGCUGGGAUCAGGACCAUCUGUCUUCCAGGAUGAUCGACCUAGCGAGAGUUACAUGACUCAUGAGCUGUUGCUUCAGAACAAUCUCUCACAGGGAACUGUCAGCAUUCGCUCCAACAACCCACGAGACCAGAUGAUUGUGAACCCAAAUUUCAUGAAUCAUCCUUUCGAUCGGCGUAUUGCUAUCGAGACUGUUCGCAUGGCAUUGAAGAUUGCUCGUACCAAGGCCUACGAAGGCACUAUUGAGCGAAUGGUGCAUGGUCCAGACAUUGACUUUACAACGGCAGAUCUUGAUGCGAUCGGUGAUGAGGUGAUGUUGGAUUUCAUUCGCCAGCAUUUGGACCAAGGUUAUCACAGCGUGUCUACCUGUCGUAUGGGUAGGGCUGGUGACCCCGAUGUGGUGGUCGACGCCCGGUUCCGAGUCAAGGGAAUGAAGAAUCUGCGGGUAGCAGACUUGAGCGUGUGUCCUAUUCUCACUUGCAAUCACACGCAGAUUAAUGCCUACUUGAUUGGUCUGCGAUGUGCAAAGGAGAUGUUUGAGAGCCACAAGGCCCGUCAUCAGCAGGCCAAGCUAUAA